AUGUUCUGCGAGGAGCCAACGCCGGAACCGGAGAAACACAUCUGUCGCUGCAAGAACUGCAUACUCCGCCAUUCGGAUAUCCUUCCCUGGCCAGAGCCCCUUGGAGUCAUGGGUGAACGUCAUAAUAAUACCAAUGAUAAUAACAAUGAUAAGGAUGGCAAUAAUAGUCGUCGGGUCUCCACCCGUACGCUACAGUCGAUGGACAGCGUGUAUACCCUAAAAGACGGCACGGAAAAGCAGAAUGAGCCUUACAAAAAUCAUCAGAAUAAUCGCAACGAAACUGUUGUAUCUAGCUACACUGCACCAUAUAAUCGACACGGUGGUACCACACCUGCCCAUCAUGGGGAUGAGACUCCAGCCUACUAUGAUGACCAGACUCCAAGUCGAUCUGGCGCCAAUACCCCAAUGCGGACAUUGCCAAUACAGCAACCAGCUCAAGCUCAAGCUCAACCUACCAUUCUGCUGAUUGUGGUCAACAAGAACGAUCCACCACCGUUUCCGGGUAGAGGAUACACGAUCCCAGGAGCUGGGUACCAAGGUCAUGGACCAAGUCCACAAUAUCAAGGCCAAGGACAUGUACCAUAUCAAGGUCCAGGUCCCAGAGGCUAUCCAGUUCCUGGAGGGGGACCACCAAGUUAUUAUUAUCCACCACCUGGAGCUGGACCUGUAAAUGGACCCAGGGCAAGGCCAAGACCUAACUAUGAACAUGAACACGUUCGCUAUAACAGUCAGCGAUAUAGCGACGGUGUUCGGACCAGUCGAAAUAGAUACCAGGAUGAUUGGAGUGGACAGCCAAGGAGAUACUCCAAUAAUGCUGACCACCCUCGAAUAAUUCGACAACCGGAAACUCAACGAAAUUGUCGAUGUAACAUGGAGAAGAUCCAACCGGAAAGCCCGCCGAGUCCCCAAGAUACAGAAGAUUUUCUUCCCGAUCACCUUAUAGGAAGUAAUAAAACAAAAAAGAGCAAGCAGCGUUUGGUAGGCAGUGGACUUGGUCGUCCAUGUAAUUGUCAAGGAUUAGACUCAAUGAGAAAUAAUCCGAGAAAUCCCAAAAAUCAAUCGGAAAGUCUAGAAACAGGGGGAUAUGGAAAUAUGAAAACACCAGCGAACACGGGGGAAUAUUUUACCGAAACGGGAAGCCCGCAGGAAGCGCAGGAAGUUAUUGUGACCGAUGCCAAAAACAAGACAUACAAAUGCAUACAGGUGCCAAUUUGCAUUUCAACUGGAAAGACUAAUGCUUGUCGUUGUUGCAAAUGUGCUCCCGCUGAGGAUCCCGAAAACGAGGACGGGGAUUCGGAUUGCGUGUGCAAUCAGCAGGGAAAGUGCACCUGUGUUCCCGACAAUAUGUUGCAAGAUGAGCUUCCUUGCGAGUGCGAUCUCACCAAUUUGGAGCGAAUCCUUCGAGAUCUUAUUCCAAAUUCCGAUUGCAUUUGCUACUUGAAGAAGAAGCGACGCAGGCGUCGAAAGAAGUGGGCUCCAAAAGUCUAUUACGACCGUUUUGCCAAUCCUCCGUUUGUCCUCAAUCCAAAGCCCAGAUGUCUGGAGUACGGCUACAGUCCGUUCCAUAAGCCCGGCUUUACGCCUUGCUGCUGUCCACCGGCUGCAAAGAGCUGCUACACCUGUGACUACUGCUGUGGAGGGGGCUGUAGGUUCUAAAACCAAAUUUCCCGGUGAUGAGAAAAGAUAUCUGACGAUGUCCGACCAUCCUAACAGAUCCUCAACAUUUUGUCAGCUUAUGCCAGAAAACUCGUUUAUCAGUUUUUUUUCUGACGUAAACUGACAAUUUUUGAGGAUCUCAGAUUGUCUGAACCAUAACCUGCCUUAUAGA